AUGCCUAAAAAUAAGGGUAAAGGUGGUAAGAAUAGGAGAAGAGGCAAGAAUGAUAGUGAAGGAGACAAGCGUGAACUUGUUUUUAAAGAAGAGGGCCAAGAAUAUGGUCAAGUUCAGAGAAUGUUGGGAAAUGGUAGAUUAGAUGCAUAUUGCUUUGAUGGACAGAAAAGAUUGUGCCAUAUCCGUGGUAAAAUGCGCAAGAAAGUUUGGGUAAAUCCUGGAGACAUCGUCCUGGUCUCACUACGCGAUUUUCAAGAUUCCAAAGGUGAUAUAAUUUUAAAGUAUACUCCAGAUGAAGCAAGAGCAUUAAAAUCAAAGGGUGAAAUACCUGAGACAACUAAAAUAAACGAAUCUGAUAUAUUUGAGGAUGGUUAUGAUGAAGUCGAUAUCGACUUUGAUGAAACAGAGGGAGUGGAUAUAGAGGGUAUUUAA